AUGAGAUCCUCACUCUUUGCGGCAUUCGUGCCAGUGGCCGUUGUGGCCCAGGAUGCACCAGCGUUCCCCGAGGGAUGCCUCAAGCUCGCUGGAGAGCUGAACGGCAAGCUGCCCAACACAACGGUCUGGUUUUCGGAGCCGGUCCUGGCCGGUACAAACAUCACCCUGUCGGAUACCGACCCCACGUGCGGCCGAACCAGCCAAAAGGUCGAUGUGGACUUGUGCCGCGUUGCCAUGUUCGUCACGACGUCGCCGACGUCCAACGUCAGCGUCGAGGCUUGGCUGCCCGUCGACUGGAAGGGCGACCGUUUCCUGAGCACCGGCAACGGCGGCCUGUCUGGCUGCAUCCAGUACGAGGACAUGGCUUAUACCACCGCCAGGGGCUUCGCCACGGUCAGUGGCAACGCCGGCCACAACGGCACUUCUGGUGCGGCUUUUGGCUACAGCGACGAGGUCGUCGAGGACUUUUCGUGGAGGAGCGUGCACACCGGCGUGGUCCUCGGCAAGCAGAUUGUGGAGGAGUACUACGGCCGCCCGCACCAGAAGAGCUACUACCUCGGCUGCUCAACCGGCGGUAGACAGGGCUUUAAGAGCGCCCAGGACUUCCCCGAGGACUUUGACGGCGUCGUCGCCGGCGCACCUGCAUUCGCCUUCAACAACCUCAGCUCGUGGUCCGGUCACUUUUACCCGGCGACAGGAAAGCCCGGUUCGCCGACGUUCCUCAGCGUCGAGCAGUGGAUGGCCGUGCAGGCCGACGUGCUGAAGCAAUGCGACGGUCUUGACGGGCACAAGGACGGCAUCCUCGAGGACCCGGACUUGUGCGCCUACCGCCCCGAGAACCUCAUUUGCGGCAGUGGCAACAACAACAACAACAACAACAACAGCACGGCGUGCAUCACCGGCACGCAGGCCGAGACGGUGCGCAAGGUGUUUGGCGGGAUUUACAGCGUCGACGGUUCCCUCACGUACCCGGGCCUGCAGUACGGGGUCGACAACUCGUUUGUUUUCAUCUACCUGACCGGCAACCCGUUCGUCUACUCGGCCGAGUGGUUUCAGUACGCCAUAUACCACAACCCCGAGUGGGACCCCGCGACGCUCGGCCCCAAGGACUACGCCGAGUCGGCCAGCCGCGACUUUGGCGGCAUCAGCAGCUUCAAGGGCGACCUGUCCGGCGCGCGGGACCGCGGCGCCAAGAUCCUGCACUACCACGGCCUGCAGGACCAGAUCAUCACGAGCACCAACAGCGCCCGCUACUACGACCACGUCUCGCGCACCAUGAACCUGCCCUCGCGCGACCUCGACGCCUUCUACCGUUACUUUCGCGUGUCCGGAAUGGGUCACUGCAAUGGCGGCUCGGGCGCCGGGGCCAUCGGCAACAGGGGCGGGGACUCGUACGUGUCGGACGAUGCCGCCGACAACGUGCUGACGGCCAUUGUCGACUGGGUCGAAAAGGGCGUCGCGCCCGAAACCAUCACCGGCACCCGCUACCAGAACGGGACCCGCAGUUCCGGUGUGAUUGAGUACAAGAGGAGGCACUGUAGGUAUCCUCUGCGGAACGUGUUCAAGGGUGGAGAUGCGAACGACCCGGAUAGCUGGCAAUGCGUGUAG